GUACUGACUCGUAUUGAUGGCGGCCAGGGGCUUGGGUUGGCCCUCAACGCGGCUGACCGGUCCGAGCUUCAGCGGAACGUCAACGUUUCCUUGCGGGAUGGGUCAUAGCCGGCCGUUUCACCGCUUCUCUCGCUAUUACCUUCUCCUCGUGCAUCGCACGUGCCCAACUACCAAUCUCUUUCCUCGGAGAAGAUACAAGAAACUAGUCUGGGGAAAAAACGUUACGGAGGAUAUCUUUACCAAAGCCAGCGAAGGAAGAAAGCAAAGGGUUUUUUAAAAAUGCGUAUAUAUCCUUCGUUCAAAGAUUUCACGCAAGGCAUUAGAACCGAGCAGAAACCCUAGAAUUCUGGCGAAGAAGAGAUCGAAAAGAGAAUCAGAUUUUCCAAGAACCAGAUUUCUAAAGGAAACGAUCUUCUUCUGGAUUCAAUGCUAUUGAUACUGGGGCGAAAAAAGAAAAAUGCUAUUGGUACUGGGUAUAACCUGAAUGGAAAAAAGACGGAAGACUGCGUCAUUCAACUCUACUGUUGCUAUGCACAACCAGUGUAAUGCGUUGGCCGCAAAUAACUGCAAGUUGUUUUCAGAAUGUCAUUGCUCACAGAAUGUCUUGUUUGGCCCUUAUGUCAGAGUUUAUCCAUGGGCCCCAGUAUAUAAGAAGGAGAUUCUCAUAAUGUGAUCCAGUAUGCAAGUUACAAAAAAGGGUCUCUAUGGAGGAUCUCCCAGAACUUCACUCUACUCUCAGCACUAACCCUAGUUUACACUGGUCCCGAGUUUCUCAGUUUCACACAGAGGCUGCUCGCAGUCAGUCCCUUUCUGUUUAAAAGUGCCUUUUCUGGUUGGAAGCAAUUUAGACAAUGGCAGACUUACCACGUUAUGUAAUUGCCUGCCUUCACAGUGGAAAGCUUGCUUUCUUGGCAAUUAUGGUCUCGGCUGGGAUCGUACUGCAAGUUUUGGCAUGUGCUUUGUAUAAUAACUGGUGGCCAAUGCUAACUGUGAUAAUGUAUGUACUCCUUCCCAUGCCAUUGCUUUUCUUCGUGGGGUCUGACACCUCCUCUCUCAUUUCCACCAACGGGAAUGGUUGGAUAGAUGCUACGAAGUUCCUGACUGGAGCUUCUGCAGUAGGAAGCAUUGCAAUACCGAUUAUCUUAAAGCAUGCGAAUGUUAUUGGUUGGGGAGCAAUGGUAAUGGAGCUGUCGUCAUUUUUUGUCUUUGUAUCGGCUAUAGUUUGUUUCCUCCAAAUGAGCAACGAGGAUGAGUACAGCAUGUUGUGAGAUCCGCAGAAGAGGCUGCCACUCCAUUUAUAUACCGGGGCACAAAUCUCAGUUUUAUUUAAGCAUUCCUUGUGUGCUUGUGGGCUUGCUUCAAUUUGAUCUCCAUUCAUGGGAAAAAAGCAGAAAUGCUAUUCUCUUGCAUGAGUGGAUGGUAUCCUCCCCAUGAGGAGCAGAAUGAUGUCUAUUUGCAGGCUUGUCUUUUCCUUCUACAGAUUUACCAUUCGUCCUAUGUUUUCCGAUCACAGCAGCGAGCUACUGUGCCAUUCGUAAGUUUGAUUUCUGUAAAUUCUUGAAUUGGGAAAAUAUUGUUUAUUUUGGGAUUCCAAAAAGAGGUGUUUCACCGUCUAUCUCCAUUAGAAAUGUGGAUGAUACUUGACAACAGUAGCUGUUUAUCCAGCGUGCCUGUCAGUUGAUGGGGCACUAGUGAAAAUCAUAUUGAUUUGAUGAUCUGAAUUACUUGUCA